AUGCUCGACGACGAAAACAAUCAGGCUGAGUCAAAUAAUACGUCAGCAAAUUUACCACAACAUAACGAAACAGAACCGAAUCAAUAUCCUCAUGCUAUUAGAUUACAACUUUAUUAUGAUGAACUAGAAAUCGUCAAUCCUCUGGGAUCAAAAACAGGUGUUCAUAAAUUAGGAGCUUUCUAUUACAUUGUUCAAAAUUUACCACCUCACAUGAAUUCGGAAUUGAAUUCUAUACACGUGCUUCUAUUGUGCUCAGAUGCAGACGUUAAAAAAUAUGGCUUUACACAAAUUCUUGAACCUUUUUUAUACGAAUUGAAGAAAUUAGAAAGUGAUGAAGGGAUACCAAUCGAAACCGAACAAGGUAUUUUUGUGCUUCGUGCAUCAAUUGCUGCCUUUUGUGGCGAUGGUUUAGCAGUACAUGAUGUGUUUAAUUUAUUAGGCCCAUCAGCUAAUCGUAUGUGUAUGUACUCUCGAGAUGAUUUACAUGCUGGAUCUCUUAAUUCUGGACAAGAGCGCGAUGAAAAUCUUUUUCAAGAACACGUUAACCUUUUAAGAAGAACCAAUUAUUCGCCGGAGUCAAAAUCAAAUACAGGAGUUCGCAACAAAAUUUUUGAUCCAAUGCAUGAUCUUCUUUGUGGUAUUUGUCCGAUGAUACUUAAAUUGGUUCUGAAACAGUAUGUAAUAGUUCAAAGGUUAUUUAGCGUCAACUAUUUUAACGACAAAAUAUCUGCAUUUCAGUGGGGGUAUUGUGAAAUGGUCAAUAAACCUUCUGCUAAUUUCACAAAUGUCAUGCUUCGAAAAAAGGAACAUACCUUAAGUCAGAAAGCGAUGCAGAUUUGGUGUUUAAUACGAGCAUUUCCAUUUCUUGUAUCUGGAAAAAUUGCCGAUGAUGACGAAUAUUUGGAGCUGAUACGAAAUCUAUUGCAAAUCAUGGAAAUAGUAUUUGCACUAAAACUUAUGUCUUCGCAAAUGCCAUAUCUUGAUGCUCUGAUUAGACAGUUUCGAAUGAAAUUUAGACGACUUUUCCCUGAGGUCGAUCAAAUUAAUAUUACCCAGAAUUUAUUUUAUGGUCUGGUACUUUAUUGGUGUAUGCGGUUUGAAGCAAAACAUAGAAAUAUAAAACUUCGGGCUCAAUGUGUGUGUAGCUAUAAAAAUCCUUCAAAAACACUUGUAAGAGUAUCACAAUGUGGUCAAAGUGCAAAGUGGGGUUCCAAAGAUGUUAAAAUUAUCCGCUGUAGUUCACGUUCUGGCGAAAAUAUACAAGUACAAAAUUCAUUAAGCCGAGAAUUUUUACUCGCUCUCAAUUACACCUGUACCGAUAACGUAUUUCGAUCGAAAUCUGUGAAAUUCAAUGGAGUUGAAUUUCGCCCCAAUUUAUACACUUGUCUAGAGGUAGCACAUGUCCGUGAUGAUAAUUUACCUGUGUUUGGAAAAAUUAAAGAAAUAAUAAUGUUAAAUAAUAAUGAAGUACAUUUAUUAAUGUCUAUUUUUGAAGGUAUUACUGGUGAGGCAUUUCUAGAACUCCAAAAAUUGGAUCUUCAAACUAUGAAAAUAAAAAUAGGACCUCAACUAAUAAUUAUGAAGUUAAUCAACAAUAUCUUAGAAAAAACGUCUCCGGUCAACGAAAAUGCCAUUAUUAUACAACAACCCACUCUUGCUACUUCACCAAUAUCGCAAAGCAUCAAUCAACAUGUUAUAACGCCUAAUAAUUUCCGAUUUACGGAGCAUUAUUUCGAUGACAAAACGAAAACUGGAUUCAUUGAAUUCCGCUUAUUUACAAUGCGAAAAUCAUUGGAUGCUUCAAAAAAAAAGUAA